AUGGAAGUGAAAACUGAACCUGGGCAUGGGCAUUCAAACACUGGGUUUCUCGCUCAAACAUACCAAAUUCCCUUGAAUAUACUGAGAACUAAUUCAAGGGUUUUGCUCCAAAUGGCUCAUUUCAAAAUGCAAGUUGUUGUUCCAAUUCUCCUGCUGAUGCUAAUAGCAGCAGCAGAGGCAAAAACUCCUCCAGGGAUUGCUAAGAAUCCAAGCAAUGCAAGGUGUUUGAUAAAAAAAUACAAGCAUUGUUACAAUCUUGUGCAUGUGUGCCCCAAGUUUUGCCCUGAUAAAUGCUCAGUGGAGUGUGUCUCUUGUAAGCCCAUCUGUUCUGGGGAGUCAAGCCCUCCACCUGUUUCUCCCACCCCUUCACCUACACCACCAACAUAUUAUUCUCCUCCUCCUCCUCCUCAAGCUAAACCAACUCCACCACCAUCUCCACCAACCCCCACACCCCCAACUAUAACUCCAACACCUCCUACUCCCUCGCCUUCACCUUCCCCACCACUGCUGGCACCACAUUACCAAUCACCUCCUCCUACUCCUUCACCUCCUACGCCGUCUCCACCUACUUCUUCUCCUCCUCCAUCAACUCCUACACCAUCUCCACCUACUGCCUCUUCUCCUCCUUCAACCUCACCAAAGAAGGCCAAGUGCAAGAACAAGUACUACCCCCAAUGUUACAACAUAGAACAUGUAUGCCCCAGUUCUUGCCCUGGUGGAUGUGAGGUUGACUGUGUCAGUUGCAAGCCAGUCUGCAAGUGUGAUCAGCCAGGAGCAGUGUGUCAAGACCCCCGUUUCAUAGGCGGCAAUGACAUCACCUUUUACUUCCACGGCAAGAAAGACCGUGAUUUCUGUCUCUUAUCCGACCCCAACCUCCACAUCAACGCUCACUUCAUCGGCAGGCGCAACCACAACAUGAAGAGGGACUUCACUUGGGUCCAGUCCAUUGCCAUCCUCUCUGGCAAACACCAGCUCUUCCUCGGUGCCCAAAAGACCGCCACGUGGGACGACUCUACUGACCGCCUUGCCUUCUCCUUUGAUGGCGAGCCCAUCACCCUUCCCGAAUCCGAAGGUGCCAGGUGGCAAUCCACAAGUGUUCCAACUGUAUCCCUUACCAGGUUGGGUGGCACCAACAAUGUGAUGGUUGAAGUUGAAGGGAGCUUUAGGAUCACAGCCAAGGUUGUGCCCAUAACUGAAGAAGACUCAAGGAUUCACAACUAUGGCAUUACCAAAGAUGACACAUUUGCUCAUCUUGAUCUUGGGUUUAAGUUCUUCUCAUUGAGCAACCAAGUGAGUGGUGUGUUGGGUCAAACUUAUAGACCCGACUAUGUGAGCCAGGUCAACAUUGGAGCCAACAUGCCGGUGAUGGGAGGGGAUAGAGAUUUUGAAACUUCCAGCCUUUUCGCCACGGAUUGCGCCAUUGCAAGGUUUAAUGGUGGCAGUGUUGGCUCUGGAAGUGAAGCUAAUUCUUUGGAGGGUUUGGAGUUGCCAAGCUUGAGCUGUGCAAGUGGAAUGGAUGGUCAAGGUGUUGUGUGCAAGAGAUAG